AUGCAACACAGUGCGGCCUUUGGGGGGUGGCGCCUCCAGUAUGCCCUGGUGGACCGCAGGCAGAGGAGGAGGCUGCAGGAGGCGUUUACAUCCUGUCACAGCCGGGUUCGGGCCAGACGAGGGGCCCGGGAGCUGGAGGGAAGGAAACGCGCGCAGCUGGCAGGAAUCCUGCUUGGCUGGCAGCGUGUGGUGGAGCGCCGGGCAGUGUGUGUGAGACACUGCAGAGAGCGGGACAGUCGCUUGGCCACACACACACUGCUCCGCUGGAGAACAGCAACAGGGCUACGUUUGCAUCACACACACCUGCUGACAAUUCUCCUGGAGAGCAGGGGAACAUCGGGCCAGAGCCUGGAGAAUAUAGCAGAGAAUACAAGCCAGACAGAACAGAGUUUGACGCCACGGUUUAAUGGAGACGCCAGGCUGACCACACUGGAGGAGUUGUGUGACCUCCUUCAGCUCCAGAGAAGCUUUGACUCCUGGAGGAGCAGGAGGAGCAAGCAAGAGCUAGCCAGAUUACACCGCGCGGCCCGGGCACGGCGUCGAGCGAGGUUGGCACUGCAGCGCUGGCACGAGCUAGCUCAGGAUAUCGAGGCCUGCCCAGUGCUACGGUUCAGAACCAGAGUGUCCGCACUGGGGCAGUCUUCCUCAGGGAUCAGCUUUGCCUCUCCCCUUCCACUCUCUGACGCUGGGUGUAAUAUCAACACCAGGCCCACCGAUUGGGUGACUUGCUGCUCUUUGGCACAGAUGGACAGGCACAGCCCCCUGCAGACCUCAUCCCAACCAGGGGGUUUCCAGAUUGGCUCACAGUUAGAAAACCGUGUCGAUUUUCCAGCGGUUGACCGUGACGUCUGGCUCCCGCGCCCCAGUCUCCUAGAUCACAAGUGCUCGAACAGACUAAAGCGUGUGUUGGUGACGGAGCAGCGGCACCUCACCGGACUGACGGGAGACUUACGCGGACGGGCAACACUGGGGGCUGUCCUGAGCCUGUGGAGAAGCCACGCCCAGAGCCUCGGCAGAGCAGCCAAACUCAGGGAAACAGCCUUGCUGACUUCCACUGUGGCCCACUGGAGAGGGUUGGUCACUCACCGAAGGUCAAAGGUGGCUCUGCAGUGGAUGGCGGACCACUUCCGCGCCAGUGCGCUCUUCAGAAGAUACUUCUCAGCGUGGGAGAAAAGGCGGAGGUUGAUCAGAGUGGGGCCUGGCCCGGAGGCCCGGGUCCAGCUGAUGAGAAGGGAGGCCUGGCUUCGGAGGAGAGGCGAGAGGCUGAGGACACGUGGCGCCUUCAGCCUCUGGACCGCACGCGUCCGGCAGACACAGGCUGUAACACACUUCUACGCCCGGGCCGCGCUCACCAGGGUGUUUACAGUGUGGCAGCGAUGCGUCCGCUCUCAGAGAGAGACGAGAGCUCUAGCCCGCGCCCACCUCCACAAGCGGCAGCUAGGCCAAGCUCUGGCCCACUGGAGGGAAUCCACCUCCCAGAGCCUGGUGGCCCGCCGACGAGGCCGAGACAAACUGGCCCUGGGGGCGAGAGAGAGCCUGCAGCUCUGGAGAGAACGUGCACACAGGAAGGGUGUAGUGCGACAGCUCCUGGAUCAGUAUUUGAAGAGAGAGAAAAUGGCAGUGAAGAGGAAAGCUCUAGUCACCUGGGUCAAGUCUACUAAAGAAGUCCAGAAAGCCCAAGACUUACAUCGAGAGGCUUUCUUGAACAGCCGACUACAGCGAUGGCACAUCCGGUCCAAAUGCAGAGCCAGAGAGAGAAACUGCUUCGCCGCUAUGGAGAUGAAGACGCGCGGCCGAACUCUGAUGUGGGCCUUUACCUCGUGGAGGGGGUGUGUCGCCCGUCGGCAGGGAUUAACCCGGUCAGCAGUGUGCCACUGGAGACAGAGGGUGCUAGUGAGCAGGGCUGUUGGACACCGUGUCACAUGUCUGAUUGGGUUCUCCUUCAGCCAGUGGAGGUGGGCACUGCAGGGGCACAGAGACAGGCGCCAGCGGGCGAGGGAGCUGGGUAGGGUGUGGGCACAGCGGGCCAAGCAGGGCGUGGCUGCCAAGGAGAGGGCAGCAGAACUCCUCCUGCGGAGACAGUUCAGAGACGUCUCGGAUCGAUUCCACUGCUGGGUUGCAGCGCAUCGACACUUAACGAUUAGUGAGGCUUUCCACCACCAGACUCUGUAUAAAAGGUUUUUACACAGCUGGAGAGAGUACACUGGCCUGUCCCUGGUAAGAAGGCACAGAGGCGCCAGUUUCCAGCUUGGUAAAAUCAGGAGACUGAUGGCCCUAUGUUUUGCCCAUUGGAGGAGUGAGCUGGACUGGGCUCGAAACAGACAGGAGGUCCUGGAGGUGUGGCUCGACGGCCAACACUUUAAACUUUCUGUCGUCACCCUGAACUACUGGAGAACGGCCACUAGAGGGCAUUUGGCACUCAAGCACUUCAACAGGCAGACGAUAGGACAGUGUUUUUAUCACUGGAGGGAGCAGACCCACUCAUCCAGAAUAGUCAGCCUGUUCUCUGUUCAGAGGGACAGGAGAGAGGCACAGGGAGUUCUGCUAGCAUGGUGGCGCUGGACAGAAGAGUCUAGAGGCCGGAGACAGAUGGGGGAGGCGGUGUGGCUGUGGCUGGAUGGACGCAAAGUGACCAGAGCCUUCAACCUGUGGCUGGAAGUCCACCGCCGUCACCAAGAGGCCAGGCAGCUGUCCCGGGUUCACCUCCUGCGCUGGUCCUAUCAGGGCUGGCGAUGGGUUGUGAGGGAGAGCCAAUCAGCUUCAGUGGCAGCGGCUUCAUGGCGACGCACCCUCCAGACCCAGUCAGCUUUCCGUGUCUGGAGGCGCAGUGCCGUUAUCCUCGGUGCCGCCAGGACCCUGGGUCAGAGAACGACAGCCAGGCAGAGAGUCUGUCUGCUGAGGUCAUCGAUACUCAUCUGGCAUGAGAAGGUGCGGUUGGGUAAAAGACGUUCUAUGCGCCUCUCGGGAAAGUACUUCGCCUGCUGGCUGAACAGAGUUGGCGUGAGAUGCUGGGAAAGAAGGAAACAGCUGCAGGGAACACUGAGGAAAUACGUACAGCGAUGGCGUUUGGCUGUGCUACUGAAGAGGGCACGGAGGAGACUCCUCCAGGGGUUGUGGACCAGUUGGAGAGACCAGACCGCUGCUGCCCUCCUGCUCACCACCUUGCACACUGACCAAUUGCAGCAGGGGGCGUGGCUGACCUGGCGGAGGAGACGCAUCCGAACUCGGGUCUCUGAGACCUUCGCCACCCAACUGGGCCACGCACUCCUCGCUGAGGCCUUCGACAUCUGGCGAAAGAAGCAUGCUCUUCGCUGCACUGCGACGUGAGAAGAAGCAGUCCAUGCCUGUCCUCUGGUCAGUCCAGCCUUGAUCCUCCCCCACGACCCGAUCUAGUGGGGGGGGGGGGGGGGGCACA